CGCUGUGGUCCCCAGCCUCCUCCCUGCCUCGACUGGGAGUCCCGAGAGACUUGGCUGGGGCGCACCAUGGGGAACCACUUGACCGAGAUGGCGCCCACCGCCUCCUUCUUGCCUCACUUCCAAGCCCUGCACGUAGUGGUCAUCGGGCUGGACUCGGCUGGAAAGACCUCCCUCCUUUACCGCCUCAAGUUCAAGGAGUUUGUCCAGAGCGUCCCUACCAAAGGCUUCAACACAGAGAAGAUCCGGGUGCCCCUGGGGGGAUCCCGGGGCAUCACCUUCCAAGUGUGGGACGUGGGGGGGCAGGAGAAGCUGCGGCCACUGUGGCGCUCUUACACGCGCAGGACUGACGGGCUAGUGUUUGUGGUGGACGCUGCCGAGGCUGAGCGCCUGGAGGAGGCCAAGGUGGAGCUUCACCGAAUCAGUCGGGCCUCGGACAACCAGGGUGUGCCGGUGCUGGUGCUGGCCAACAAGCAGGACCAACCUGGGGCACUGAGCGCCGCGGAGGUGGAGAAGAGGCUGGCGGUCCGCGAGCUGGCGUCUGCCACGCUCACGCACGUGCAGGGCUGCAGCGCAGUGGAUGGGCUGGGCCUGCAACCCGGCCUUGAGCGUCUGUAUGAAAUGAUCCUCAAGAGGAAGAAGGCUGCUCGAGGCAGCAAGAAGAGACGGUGA